AGUGAAGCAGCUACGAUAUGCAAAUCAGUGUUUUUGCUUGACUGUGAUACUGUACCUUGUGUGAGCAAGCCGUUUUCUAAGUUCUUUUCAUUGUUUCCACUCCUGGUCACAGCUCAGUCACCGUAAUGGGUUUCAAGACUGAACAGUUCGUUGAAAAAGUCGAUGAAAACCUCAAAUGUUCGAUAUGCUUGGAAGUACUAGAGGACCCCAGGCAAUGCAAAGAUGGGCAUACCUUCUGUAAAGAUUGUAUUACACGAUGUCUGGAGCACAAACAGAUAUGCCCCGUGGGUAACAAUGCACUACAACUCGAUAGUCUUGCACGAAGUUUGCUUGCUAAAAAUAUGGUAAACAAUCUUAAAGUAUACUGUCAGCCACCAGAGAGUGAUGGACAACCAGCAGCUAAAAUAGACGCACAGGCAUAUGAGCUCAAGUGUGACUGGACCGGAGAGCUACAAUCACUUGCCAAACACAGAGAAACCUGUCCUUUCCAACAAGUACAGUGUCCUAAUGCGAACUGCAACACUAACAUGCAGAGAAGAAAGUUAGAGGAUCAUGACACGAUAUGCGAAUAUAAAGAGUUGGAAUGUGAUGAGCAAUGCGGCGUGACUCUGAUCAGACGUGACCUGCCGAAUCACAAGACAAAUGAUUGUCCUGAAGUAAGACUGUCAUGYCCUAACGGUUGUCGAGGUUGUAUUAAGAGGAAGAACAUCACUACACAUAGAGAAACUUGUCCUUUCCAACAAGUGCAUUGUCCUAUUGUAAACUGCAAUACAACGAUGCAAAGAAGAGAACUGGAGGAACAUGAUAAGAUAUGCGAAUAUAAAGAAUUGGAAUGUGAUGAGCAUUGUGGUGUGACUCUGAUCAGACGUGACCUGCCGAAUCACAAGAGAAAUGACUGUCCUGAAGUAAAACUGUCAUGUCCUAACGCUUGUGGGACAACCAUUAAGAGGAAGAACAUCACUACACAUCGAGAAACUUGUCCUUUCCAACAAGUACAUUGUCCUAAUGUGAACUGCAACACCAACAUGCAAAGAAGAGAAUUGGCGGAUCAUGAUAAGAUAUGCAAAUAUAAAGAGUUGGAAUGUGAUGAGCAAUGUGGUGCGACUCUGAUCAGACGUGACCUGCCGAAUCACAAGAGAUGUGAUUGUCCUGAAGUAAGACUUUCAUGCCCUAACAGUUGUGGGGAACGCAUUAAGAGGAAGAAUAUCAAUACACAUCGAGAAACCUGUCCUUUCCAACAAGUACAGUGUCCUAAUGUAAACUGCCACACCACCAUGCAGAGAAGAGAAYUACAGGAUCAUGAUUGGAUAUGCGAGUAUAAAGUCGUGAAUUGUGAGAAAUGUACGCAAGUUCUGGUCCGACAUGAGUUACAGCGUCACAAAAAAAUUGACUGUCCUGAAGAGAUGGUUCCAUGUCCUAACAGCUGUAGAAGUCUAGAAACUGGACAAAUAAACGAGAUAAAAAGGAUUAACUUAGACAACCAUAUGAGAAAUGACUGUGCCAAGACAAUACUGGAUUGUCCAUUCAAGGAUCAGGGGUGGUUCAGACAAAGUUGAACGACAGCAUGUCUAUAAACACGUACAAGACAACAUGGCUGCACAUAUGAUGUUACUGGCCAAACAAUGUUCAUCGCUCACUAAACAGAAUUCAUCACUUACCGAACAAAACACGAUAGUUACCGAAGAAUGUUCGGCAUUCACGAAGAAGUGUUCGACACUCACCGAAGAAUGUUCGGCACUCAAGAAGAGGUGUUCGACACUUACCGAACAGUGUUCGGCACUCACGAAUAAAUGUUUGUCACUUACCGAACAAUGUUCGACACUAAAACAAAACUAUUCGUCUCUUACUGAAGAAAAUCGACUUCUUAAGGAUGAAUUUAAGAAAAAUGAAGAACGUUCAAGAACAUAUAUAUGGAAAAUUAGAAAUUACCGAGACUAUUAUCCUGAAGGAUGCAGCAGAAGGCACUCUAGUGAUGCUGAUCCCAUCACCAAGGUGGGAAGUCCUAUUUUCUGGUUGUGUGGUUAUAAUUGGUUUCUGCUGCUCUACCCCAAUGGAGUUAACGAAGAUAAAAUAGGAUUCGUAUCCGUAUAUCUUUGCAGGGACAGUGACAACUGUUGUUCAAGGGAGUCUUCUGUCGUUGCCUACAAAGAUUAUUUUAUUCAGGAGAUUCCGACGCCAAGCAGUAAUAUUUCUGUCACAUGCAGGCUAUCAGUGAUGAGCCAAACAACUGGAUUCCAAGACGUCUCUUCUGAAAAAAGCAAUGUACUUUUUGACAGCAGGUAUGAAUGCUGCGUCAUAGAAUGGCCAAAAUUUAUGAGGUCAGAUGAUGCAGUUUCUGAAGCAUACUGUGGCCAACAAGAUACUGUAACAUCGAAAUAUACCUGUGAUACAAGAAAUACCGGUAGUCUAACCAUCCAAUGUACAAUACAGCUAGAUAAACCACAAUAGGUUCCAUGUUACACAGAUGAUGUACUUUCUACAGCGUACUGUAACAGUACCAAUGGUAGUCUAACCAUCUAAUGUACAAUACAGCUAGAUAAACCACAAUAGGUUCCAUGUUACACAGAUGAUGUACUUUCUACAGCGUACUGUAAUAGUACCAAUAGUAGUCUAACCAUCUAAUGUACAAUACAGAUAGAUAAACCACAAUAGGUUCCAUGUUACACAGAUGAU